UCGUGUCGGCAUGCUGAUUCAGGUACAGGUGGCCUUUGCAAUGCAGCCAAUCAGAGGGCAGCUCCAGUCUGCUCAACAGGUUUUGUUUGCGAGGCAAAGCAAGUGGGAAACACACACCUGCUCUCCUCAGAGACACGUCCACGACCUGAAAGUCAUGAAGCUGGCUGUGCUGCUCUGCUCUGCUCUGCUGCUCUCUGUCUCUGUCCUGUCCCAGGAGAAUGACACCCCAGUCAGCAAUGUGACAGGAACAGAUGAAAAACCAACACAAACGCCCCAGGCUUAUCCCACAAAGCUUGGCUGUGACAAGUAUACGACCGCCUGCAGCAGGGAGUUUGAUCCAGUAUGUGGCAGUGAUGGAGUCACAUACAGCACCGAGUGUGUGCUCUGCUUCAUGAACAGCGAAAGGGCGUUGAAUGUGACAAUGACAAGAAAAGGGGAGUGCUCUGUGAAAGAGCAGUGAAAUUGGCAAAUCAUAUAUCAUAUCUAUUCCAUGUAUCUGUAUAAUCCCUAUAUUCCCUUGCCUUUUGAAUAAAGUUGCAUGGUACAAUA